UGCUGCGAGGUUAAACUGACCAGCCGGAGCUGCAGAGAGCUUCAAAAUCUUUUGAAAAGCUACAGCUGACUGGAGGUGUUUGAUUGCGACAUGAAGUUAUUAAUCAUCCUUGUACUGGUUCUUCAGGGUGUUAAAGGGACCCCACGUGUUCACGUGCUGACGCCAGCGAUCACUGCGCUGCGUGGGAGUGAUGUCCGAAUCGACUGCCAGUUCCACACUUCAGGGAUGAGGAAAGGCUUCGAUGUCGAGUGGCUUCAGAAAAGACAGGAACGUAUAAACAGCAUUCACCUGUUCCACCAGAGCCCAGAGCUGUCACACGUUCAGGACCACAGUCUCACUGGGAGGAGCAGGAUGUUCCCCAGUGCCAUCGCCAAUGGAAACGCGUCCCUGCUGAUCUCCAAUGUGGAAAUGACUGACGAGGGCGAGUACACCUGUUUCAUUGUGAUGGAUGGUGCUGGUUACAGAGACACCGCAGUGUUGACAGUAGUGGCGUCCUAUGAGCAGCCAGAGCUGCAGCAGGUCCUGGAGCAGGAGGCUGUGUCUCUGAGCUGUGUGUCUCGGAAGGGGUUUCCUGCAGCUCUGGUGAGCUGGAUUGACGACAGGGAGGAAAGUUACAGUCAGGAGGCCAUCACAGAGCUCACACUGACCCCAGAGGGGCUGUACGAUGUGCACAGUCGCCUCAAGAGAGCUUUCACCUCCCAGCGCAGGGUCUGCUGCAUCAUCACCAACAUCCCCCUGCAGGAGAGUAAGAGGAGCUGCAUUCAGCUCGGAGCAGAGCAACAAGAAGAUGGCAGAACUGGUAAGAUACUGGCCCGAAUCAUGCUGAACCGCCGCAUCCACCAUCUCGAGCAAGAUCUUCUCCCCGAGAGUCAAUGCAGCUUCCGCACUGGGAGUGGCACAGGGGACAUGACCUUUGCGUUAAGGACAGUAGUGGCCUCCUAUGAGCAGCCAGAGCUGCAGCAGGUCCUGGAGCAGGAGGCUGUGUCGCUGAGCUGUGUGUCUCGGAAGGGGUUUCCUGCAGCUCUGGUGAGCUGGAUUGAUGACAGGGGGGGCAGUUACAGUCAGGAGGCCAUCACAGAGCUCACACUGACCCCAGAGGGGCUGUACGAUGCGCACAGUCGCCUCAAGAGAGCUUUCUCCUCCCAGCGCAGGGUCUGCUGCAUCAUCACCAACAGCCCCCUACAGGAGAGGAAGAGGAGCUGCGUUCAGCUCGGAGCAGGUAAAUCACUAGAACAUCAGGAGGCACUUCUCUGAGCAAAUUAUUCUCAUGAGGAGUGGUGUCUAAAAAUUCUGUGCAAACAAUUGUCAAACACUGUAGAGCUAACCCAAUCCCUG